UUAUAAUAUGCUAUCACCAGCCAGAGUGCACCGUACUGAUAAAAUCUGAUUCUGAAAUUCAUUCCUACAAGGAAACAGACAAACAGAAGCUUUAUUUAUUACAGUGAAAAAUGAUUUCACAAUCGUUUGCAGUCAUAGCGCUCCUGGGAUUAUUCAAAUAUGGGGCUUGUAUUGACUAUGAUGGAUGGCUGAACAUAAAGAUAGAACACUCAUUAAACUGUGGAGAUGAAAAUUAUUGCUCGAGGGGCAAUAUAGCUUUGAAGAGUAUUCGAGCUGGUGCCUCAGUCAUUGAUCAAAUUCCUUUUACGAAGCAGCAUAUAGAAGAAUUGAAAAGUAUUGCAGAAACUGAUGGGUUCUACACCAUAAGAACAGUGGUGACAUCUGCUGAAAAUAGUCAUGGCACUGAAUUCUUUUCAUCAGUCAAGGCUGGAGCCUUCCUUGCAAAUGGCCUGUCUGAUGUAAUUAAUGCUUGGGUAUUGCCCAAUGGAGCAGUUAUAGCUGUCAGUUUCCAAGUGACCAACUCCUCGCAGCCAUUGCCCAGAGAAGGCAACAAUUAUAGAAUUAACUCUAACUUCUACCUACGCUAUGUUGAACAAGCCCCUGUCCCUGACACAGCAUCAUACAUCCAAAAACUAGAACGUGAAAGGGAAGCAAGAGAGAAGGGUGACAUGAAAGACAACAAAUCAUUCUUAGCCAAAUAUUGGAUGUACAUUGUGCCUAUUGCAAUAUUUGUCAUGAUAUCUGGAGCAAGCAACCCAGAACCAGCUGCUCAAGGGGCACGAUAAACCAAAGAACACUACAGUACAUUAUGAACUUCAAUAACUACUAGAACACCUUUACUAUUAAGUUUAAUCUUAUUCAUGCAAGGUUAUUAUAUUCAGCAUUAUUUAAGACUGGUCAUUAUUUAAUGGUCUGAGACACAUCCAUAAUCACCUGUCUAGCAUUUUCCCUACGUUGGGUUCAGAUAUUAGUAAAGCAAACUGACGAUUGCUGAUAUAAUUUUUUAUAAUUAAGAUGGUAGGAUAAAUUGGGUAAGGUUACAUUGUAAACAAUUAUGUCAUAGAUUACAAACUUUAAUGUGUUGGUCUAAUCUAAAAGUACCUAAAAAGUACUUUUAGUUUUUUUGUGCUGUGUAGAAUAAUAGUAUUAUUUUCGGGUUAUUCCCGCUCGGUAACACCCUUUCGUGAACACUGUGGACGAUCGGGAAAAAACAGUUUCGUUCGUUCACAGUGUUGACGAACGCUAGUUAUUAUUUUUGUGUAAAAUGGUUAUUAUGCACAUGAUAAGGCCACUUUUAUUUUCUAGUUAAUUGUGUUUUAAAAGAUCUAACAUCCAUUAAAAUAUUUUAAAAAUCCAUGACAUUUUAUUUCCAUAUUUUAAAAAUAAAAACCAGCAUUCAUGGACACUGCGAAUGAAUGAAACUUUUCUCGAUCGUCAACAGUGUUGACGAAAAGGUGUUACUGACCGGGAAUAACAUUUAUUUUCAGAUUGUGUUGCAAAUGUUACUAAAUUAUUUAUGAACACCACUCUAACGUCCGUGGAUAGUACAGUAUCCAAGAAAAAAGUAGCGUCAUACGCCCAUGGAUACUAUAGUAUCCAAAGCGACGAGUUGUGUUUAACUCCAUCUAUUUUAAAAUACGGUAUUAUUUGUUGAGUUUUGACAGAUUAUCUAUAUAGCUGAUGAAAUAGUUCGACGAAAAAAUAAGAGAUGGUAGUGUAACAAGCUUUUGACAAAAAAAAAAAAAUUUAAAAUUCAGUUGACGCGUUUGACUUUCGUUUCGUUAAGUGUUUUUAUAAGUGUCAACUAUUAUGUCGUUUUGUUUUAUUUAUUUUACAAGUGUUAUACAUCAAAAUAAACUAGAAGAUUUGGGCUUUACGAUGAUGUUUAAAUAUCACAGUUUUAACUGAUAAAUCUAGUCUAAUUUUAACUUCAAACGAUUGUUAUUUCGAAAAAAGUCCGGUCAAGGUCAUAGGCCAAUCUUAGUUUUGUUUAUACAUAUUUUACAAACUUUUCAUUAAAAUAUUAUAUUUAAUAUCGUAAUAAGCAAAAUAAUACAUUUUUCAAACAGAAAUAUACUAAAUUCAUUGAAAAUUUCGUAAUAGCCUUCUCGAGCGCGGGAGACAUCGCGGUAAAAUUACGAAGAGUAGUGUUUUGUUUCGAUUUAAAUAAAAUACUUAGAGUUAACCGAAUAUAAUCAAAUAUACAUCAGAAGAAAGGGUAAUAAGCCUCGUUUGUUCUGAAAAUAUUUUAUUGAUAAAAUAUGCAACAGUUGUCCCUUAUAUUUUAAAAUGGUAGAAAUAAAUGUGUUUUUUUCUCCUUAAAAUCAUGUUUAACCCGGAUUUUAGUAUCAAAGACUAUAACUAACGAUUUUAAAAUAUCAUUAACUUUGAUCUGUAUUCUUUAACCAUUUUUUUCGUAUUUUUUUCUUUAUUUUAGCCAUUACGGUUCAGUAGCUGUAUAGGUUUUUUGUUACGACGAAGUUGCGAGUCGCGCGUGGUUCGGGUGCCGCGCGCGGCUGGACGUUAGAGAGAGAAACGGUCGCGCGGCCCGGACGUUAGAGUGGUUAUAUUUCAAAAGUCUUUCACAUGUGUUGGGUUAUGCAAACAGUUGUGUGUAACUAUUUAUUAAAAAUGUAAUAUUAA